AUGUUGCUGAAGACAGUGCUCCUGCUGGCCUUGGUGGCCCAGGUGCUGAUGCUGGAGAAUGGACUCCUGCGGAAGCCACCCAUGGGCUGGCUGGCCUGGGAACGCUUCCGCUGCAACAUUGACUGUGACGAGGACCCAAAGAACUGCAUCAGCGAGCGGCUCUUCAUGGAGAUGGCCGACCGGCUGGCACAGGAUGGAUGGCGGGACCUGGGCUACGUGUACCUUAACAUCGAUGACUGCUGGAUUGGUGGACGUGAUGCCAAAGGCAACCUGAUGCCUGAUCCCAAGCGCUUCCCCCAUGGCAUUGCCUUCCUGGCUGACUACGCUCACUCCCUGGGCCUGAAGCUGGGCAUCUAUGAGGAUCUGGGCAGCUUCACCUGCAUGGGUUACCCGGGCACCACGCUAGACAAGGUGGUCCAGGAUGCGCAGACCUUUGCUGAGUGGAAGGUGGACAUGCUGAAGCUGGAUGGCUGCUUCUCGACCCACAAGGAACGGGCUGAGGGGUACCCCAAGAUGGCUGCUGCCCUGAAUGCCACAGGCCGCCCCAUCGCCUUCUCCUGCAGCUGGCCAGCCUACGAAGGGGGCCUCCCCCCCAGGGUGAACUACAGCCUGCUAGCGGACAUCUGCAACCUCUGGCGCAACUAUGACGACAUCCAGGACUCCUGGUGGAGCGUGCUCUCCAUCCUGGACUGGUUCGUGGCCCACCAGGACAUUCUGCAGCCAGUGGCAGGCCCCGGGCACUGGAAUGACCCAGACAUGCUGCUCAUUGGGAACUUUGGCCUCAGCUUCGAGCAAGCCCAGUCCCAGAUGGCCCUGUGGACAGUGCUGGCGGCUCCGCUCUUCAUGUCCACGGACCUGCGGACCAUCUCUGCCCAGAACGUGGACAUUCUGCAGAAUACGCUCAUGAUCAAGAUCAACCAGGAUCCCUUAGGCAUCCAGGGACGCAGGGUUCUCAAGGAGAAAUCCUUCAUCGACGUGUUCAUGCGACCCCUGGCCAAUGAGGCCUGCGCCUUGGUCUUCUUCAGCCGCAGGACGGACAUGCCUUAUCGCUACCACUGCUCCCUCGGCCGGCUGAACUUCGGCUCCAGAGUGUAUGAGGCCCAGAACGUCUACACGGGCGACAUCAUCAGUGGCCUCCACGUUACAACCAACUUCACGGUGACCGUCAACCCGUCGGGGGUGGUGAUGUGGUACCUGUACCCCAUCAAGACGCUGGGGACGCCCCCGCAGUGA